CAGGGGUGGACUGACCAUUUGGAAACUCGGGCACUGCCCGAGGGCCCGGGGUCAGUAGGGGGCCCCAUGAGAUGCCCCUGGUACCUUUUUCAUAGGCUUUUUUGAGUUUGGGCAAGGACACAGGGGCCCCAUAAUCCCCUAUUGCCCGGGAGCCACAUGAGUUGUCAGUCCGCCCCUGAUCCGCCCCUGCUACUGAGAGCCCUGUAGCUCUGCAGUCAGCCCUCUGCUGGUCUCUUCUUAUCUGCAU